UGUCACAUAUGUCCAAUGUCUCGUUCGAGAGUGUAAUAUCAAACAGCAGCAAUUCUUUGAACCAGUCCAGCAAUGAGAAAGAGGUGCUGAAGGGUGACAUCUCUGUGCAGCCGUCUACAAAUACAAGGAAAAAGAGGAAGGUUGAUAGUAAUCGUUCCCUUUGUGAUAUAUUGAGCUCUGACUCUAGAGAUGUGUUUGAUCAACAAUCCCGCAUUGAAAUUUCCCGUGUUGUUGGUUCGGUAAACUGCUUAUCAAAUGCUAAUACAGGCGGAUGUUUGUUGAUAGAAAGAUUUGGUAACAAACAUGGAAAUGACAGUUGUAUAUGCCCGUCAUGGUUGAAGAAAGUACUGAAGUGCUUUAGUUUCUUAAACAUAUUCUAUGCUUUCUUCCAUGCUCAAUGCAAACCUUUGACGUGGGCGAUUAUUGAAGAAGCAUUGAAGCAUUCUAGCGAUUUUGGACUAGAUGAUGUUUUUGUCUCGGAUGUGGAGAGUCUCUCUAUUUUGUGCCCGAAGUCAGUGGUCAUUCUUGGUAAACAACAUACCAUGGAGAGGCCGGGAUCUGCCAUUACUAUAGGUGAUUCUUCAUUUGAAGCAGCUGUACCUUGUGAAUUGCAAAAAAAACACAGAAUUGCUAGGAAAUGCACAUCUACCCUUGUCAAUGCCAUAGAAAAACGGGGAUCUGCUUUUAGAACUGAUCUUUGGAGACUCAUCGUAAGCUGGAUGGAAACAAGGCAGUUGAAGAAUAGUUUGCCUCUCAUGUGGUCGCUGGAUGACCUUCUUACAGUGGCGAAAGAUUGUUUUAGAAUUUCUGAACAGAAUAAAGUAAAGUCACAUAAACCUCGAGUUUUCGCAUCAAAAUGCCAUGGUCUAAACCAUUUGGAACCUUCUGAACUGGUUGAUCAUCUUAGAGAAGCCAUGGGAAUGGAUGGCCAGAUUGUACAUGUGGAGUUCAUAAAUGCUAAAGAAGCAGUUUAUGUGGAACUUCCAGAUUAUCUUUCAGACAACUGUAGGACAGCACUUGAAAAGCUAGGAAUAUCCAGGUUAUACAGCCAUCAGGCUGAAUCUAUAUGUGCUUCUAUUUCUGGGAAGAAUGUUGUUGUGGCAACAUCAACUUCUAGUGGCAAAUCUUUAUGCUACAAUAUUCCAAUUCUUGAGGAACUUUCAAAGAAUCUAUCAUCAUGUGCUCUUUAUAUAUUCCCCACCAAGGCUUUAGCUCAAGAUCAGCUAAGAGCUUUGCUAAACAUGACAACAAGCUUUGAUGUUGAUUUAAGUCUUGGUGUCUAUGAUGGUGAUACUUCCCAAGAAGAUCGUAUAUGGAUUAGGGACAACGCUAGACUGCUUAUCACAAAUCCGGAUAUGCUGCACACAUCAAUCUUGCCAUAUCAUAAAAAAUUCGAGAGGAUUUUAUCAAAUCUCAGGUGUAUCGUUAUAGAUGAAGCUCAUGUAUUUAAAGGAGCUUUUGGGUGUCAUACUGCACUUGUACUUCGGAGAUUGCGGAGGAUUUGUUCUCAUGUAUAUGGCAGUGAUCCCUCCUUCAUAUUCUGCACUGCAACCUCUGCAAACCCUCGUGAGCAUGCCAUGGAGCUCGCCAACUUGGAGACUUUAGAGUUAGUUCAGAAUGAUGGAAGUCCAUCUGGUCAAAAAUAUUUUCUUUUGUGGAAUCCUCCAUUACGAUCAGCACCAAAAUUUCCCAGCAAAAAUGAACAGAAUUUUACGAAAAAAGAUCUAUGCACAAGACGAUCAAGCCCUAUUUUAGAAGUUUCUCACCUCUUUGCUGAGGUGAUUAGACAUGGCCUUCGGUGCAUUGCAUUUUGUAAGACGCGGAAACUCUGUGAGCUAGUUAUGUCUUAUACGCGUGAACUUCUCCAAGAAUCCAGUCUGCAUCUCGUAGAUUCUAUAUGUGUUUAUCGUGGUGGCUACACUUCAGAGGAUAGGAGGAGUAUAGAGAGUCGUUUUUUUGGGGGAACGCUUUUGGGUGUUGCUGCUACAAAUGCACUUGAACUUGGCAUUGAUGUUGGACAUAUUGAUGCGACAUUGCAUCUUGGUUUUCCUGGUAGUGUUGCAAGCCUUUGGCAACAAGCUGGUAGAUCUGGAAGAAGAUCAAAACCGUCAUUGGCUAUUUAUGUUGCAUUUGAUGGGCCCUUGGAUCAGUAUUUCAUGAAACAUCCACAUAAGCUCUUCAUGAGACCGAUUGAACAUUGCCAAGUUGAUGGUCAAAACCAGAAGGUUCUAGAACAACAUAUUGCCUGUGCUGCUGUGGAACUUCCAUUGUGUACACAAUAUGAUGAGAAGUAUUUUGGUGCUGUCCUGCAAAGUGCAAUUACGGACCUCAAGAGUAAAGGAUACUUAAGUUCUGAUCAGAAUGAAACUUCCUCCAUCAAAAUGUGGAAUUAUAUUGGACCCGAGAAUAAGCCUUCGAUGGCUGUUAGUUUACGAGCAAUAGAAACUGAGAAAUUCAAAGUGAUAGACCUGUUAAGUAAAGAGGUCUUAGAAGAAAUUGAGGAAAGCAAGGCCUUCUUUCAGGUAUAUGAAGGUGCCGUUUACAUGCAUCAAGGCUUCACCUAUCUUGUGAAAACAUUAAAUUUAUCAGAAAAGACUGCUUACUGCCAGAAGGCAGACUUGAAGUACUACACGAAGACACGAGAUUACACAGACAUUCAUGUCUUUGGCAGCAAACUUGCCUAUCCUCCAGUAAAGGGAUCCAAAUUUGAAUAUUCCAGAACAACUGCUCAAGUACAUUCUUGCAAUGUGACAACAACGUGGUUUGGUUUUCAUCGCAUUUGGAAAUCAAGUAACCAGAUAUAUGACACAGUUGAUCUUUAUCUUCCUGUGUUCUCAUAUGAAUCUCAGGCAGCGUGGAUUCGAGUUCCGCAGUCAGUAAGAGAAGCUGUUGAAUUAGAAGGGUUGUCAUUCCGUGCAGGCAAGCAUGCAGCUUCACAUGCUCUUCUUAAUGUUGUUCCCCUGUAUAUGAUGUGUAAUUCUUCUGACCUGAGCACCGAGUGUGCAAAUCCUCAUGAAACCCGUAGUAUCCCUGAAAGAUUGCUGUUGUAUGAUAAGCAUCCUGGAGGCAUUGGCAUUACAACACAGAUCCAGCUGCUCUUCAGGGAACUUCUCACUGCAGCCUUUGAACUUGUCUCAACAUGCAGUUGCUUGAGUGCUGCUGGUUGUCCAAACUGUGUACAGGCAUUUUCAUGUAGUGAAUACAAUGAAAUCCUUGACAAGAAAGCUGCAGUUAUAAUCCUCAAGGGUGUAAUUGAAUCUGAAGAAGCCUACUUCAAAAGUAGGAGGGAGUUUCCUGAGUAGUUGAAGCCCAUAUUUUGAAAGCUGGAAAAAUUCUCUGAAAUGUCCCACCAUUAUUUAUCACUAAUUCAAUGGCUUAGUUUGGUAGGAGGGUUGAGGAAGUGACGUGAGAGGAGGAAGGUGCGAUGAGGGAUGAACAUUCAUGUUAUUGAAGAAAUAUAAAGAGGAUUAUAUGUACGCAAAGAAAUAUUAGAUUGGCUUUGACUAGCUUUUAAUAAUUACACUCUUAUUGUGUGGAUUAUAUAUAAGAGUAUGGAUCUUUGAUCAUCU